AUACACAAUAGCAAUCAGUAAAAUAUAUAUAUAUAUAUAUAGAACACCAUGGCGACGGCAAAAAGAUCUCGCGAUGCUGAUGUGGCGAAACAGCGAAAAGCAUUAUGUUUGCGAUUCAAGAAACUGGUACGAAGUGUCAUAAUGAAUCAGCAAUGGCUUAGCGAUUCCGAAGAGCAGGGCUUCUCCACAAAUGUGAAACGGAAAGUAGCUCUCCUUUUGCGCCAAAAGCGUAAAAGUGGAAUGCUAACUAUGGCAGAAAAGUCUCUUUUGCGUACACAGCCUUGGUCUCGGACCAUUGAUGAUCGUAAAAAGUUAUGCCUGAUUAUAGCCAAUUUAACUUGUUUCUCAAAAAUACCACCGAAAAUACGUGCUCGUAUGGUGCCAGUUUUGAAAUUCAUGACAAUUCAUACAGAUCGCGUUAUAAUCAAGGAAGGUGACACACCCAUAACGGUAUAUUUUAUAAUAACCGGUGAAGUGGAAAUGAAAAAGCGCAUAUACAAUAAGAAAACCAAAGAGGUCACAUGGAUAUCAGAGGCCAUAUUUGGUCCUGGUGAUUGCAUUGGUGAUGUUGAGAAAGUUGAAGAUUGUGCUAGAAUGUACACUUAUGUGGCCGUUUCCAAUUGUGAACUUUUGGCCAUAUUUGAGGCAGAUUAUAAUCGCAUAUUGGGCCCAUUUAUGACAAAGCAAUGGAACGAGAAAAAGAAAGCAUUGCGUUCAUUGGACUAUUUUGAAUUCUUUAAUGAAAGCCAGAGAAUUCAUGCCUGUAAAUUUGGCAGCUUAGUGCAAUAUGAACCAUUGGAAACAAUAUACUAUGAAGAUAAGGGUUCUGUUAGUUAUGUCCAUUUUAUAUUAAGCGGCGAAUGUGUAAUAUUGCAGUGUCUCAAUAUGUUGGCUAAUAUAAAGAAUGGCCGUAUUGGCUACGAGUUAACUGAUCUUAAUAGAGGUGAAUCGGUUAUGUUUCCAGAGUCUGAGAAAAGUUCUAGAGCUUCAAAAUUGCCGUCCAUCUUGUCGCGUUAUCGACCAGGAGUAGAUGAUCAACAAUUCGAUGUUCAGGAUAUUUUGGCUACAUCAUCGGAGGAUAAUGAAACUAAACAAAAGAAUAAAGCGUUGCGUAAAAUGACUCUUAAUGAAAUCGAGGCAUACUGCGGAAUUGGUAAAACCCUGGAGGCUAUUAAACAACGUAGAAAGCACAAAACUUUUAAGGUCUUAAAACAUUAUCGGCCAAAGCAUCCAAAGCAUACAAAACAUCGUAGAUUCUAUAGCGAAGAUGUGGAAGAGGAGUACGACGACGAAUUUGAUAUGUUGAAUGAUGAGGAGGAGGAAGGAGGAGGAGGUAGUAUGUAUGAUGACUACUAUUAUGAAUAUAUUGAAGAAGAGUAUUCCGAUGAUGAUAUUGAUGAAGAUGUGAAAGAGGAAUCCCGCCACAAAAUGAACGUACACAGUACAUUUUCAAUGGCAAAAAGUCGCAGUGCACUAUUAAAUCGUAAACUAUCCUUAACGGAGGUGGAUGGCGAGAAUAGUGAAAGUGGAUCAGAAAUAUUUACUGUUAGUAAUAGCGAAUCAUCGGAAGGAUCAUCUAGCCUACAGAUUAUUCAAGAAUGUUCUUAUAAACGACCAAGUCAUCUUACUGAAACACAUUUCAUUGAUGUCGGCUCUCUCACAUAUGGAGGAAUCUUUGGUUUGGGUGAGAAAAUGGAGCAUCGUGUGAUAAUGUCACGCACUGUUGUCCAAUGUUUGCUAUUGCCGCGCUUUUGGCUAAUGGAACAGCAACAAAAUCCUGGCCAUAUAUGGCCACUACGCCGUUUCUAUUUUGAAUGCAAUGUACCAACACGAGGCGAGUUAUUCGCCAAUUAUCUAAAGACAAGGCGUUGGAAUGAUUUUAGGCAUAAGUAUGUGCAGAGCUGUCUUAGUCCAAGUCAAGCCAUGGGGAAUACCAAAGAAGAGGAUAUACCCAUUAUAUCUCGCAUUGUUGAAACAAGUGAUGAUUAGGGCAAAAACCAAAAACAAAAACAAAUGUGAAUAAAGAAAAUUAACAAAAAUUCUCAGCUUGAGCUAGAGGAAGUUGUCAAAAAAUAGAAA